AUGGAGAAAACCAUACCUGCACUUCUAGCUGCUUCUCAAUGGGAGUUGGUUGCAGCGGCGUACUGUCUGAAGUACAACUACAACUCACUAAGCGGGACUUAUGUGGCAACCUUCGUGUAUUGUAGUACGCGGUGCUGUGGUGAGGAGAGAACAUGUUGUGCAGAGGACCCGACGCUCUACAACAACGUAGUCAACGUUUGGUACUUCUGGGCCAUUGUUGUAGUCGCCUUGUUCACGCUGUGCCUGGCCGUGAUCGCCGCGUGCUGCAGAUGGAAGCACGGCUCCGGCCGGACCCGCAGACGGACCCGGGUCAGGACGAUUAACAUCGCGCCCUCAGAUGAGAGGCCACAGUCACAAGCGCCUACCACCACCUCCACGCCUGGAACGGCGGACAGGACGACCCUGCCUCAGUUCAGCUUCUCCCUCCCCGGCGCGCCCCCGCCAUACUACCCGGCCUCGCCGCCUCCGUCGUACGAGGAGGUCUGCAGGCAAAGUACGAGACAGCCGAAAGAUUCGGAGGAAGCGGAGGCGGACACAGAACGUAGUAAUCCGGGAUGACCUCCGAGUUUUCAGUCUGAAAUUUACCCUUAGCAGGCUUUAGAAGCGGCUGGAAAGAGUAGAAAUCGGCC